AUGGACGCCCGGUGCCAAUGCGGAGCCGUGUGCUUCAAGACGCCGUUGCCUGAGCCGCUGGCGCUGUACAUCUGUCACUGUGCCGAGUGCAAGCGCCAGACAAGCUCAGCAUUUGGUGCUUCUGCUAUAUUUCCGCGCUUCAGGAUUCCCGAGGCCGAAUUACUUAGCUGCUAUGCUCGACCCACGGCCUCGGGACAAACAUUAUAUUGCUACUUCUGCCGAAAGUGCGGGACUCGACUUCUUCACGCAACACCAACAAAAAAUGUUGUAUCAGUAAAAGGGGGGUGUCUCGAGGGCCUAGACUGGGGCAAGGCCAUUCAUCUUUGGACGAAGAGUGCUAUGGUCCCUAUCCCCGAAGGGUCCGAGACUCACUCUGAGGCUUCUUCCUCAACUGAUUACGGUCCUACCCAAGAGUUUCUCGAUCAACCACUCGACCAACCCGGAUCAGAAUUGACCAGCUAA